UAUCGUGUCGUGUAGAGACCCUUUGAGUUAGGCAGUACCCAACACUGAAUUUUACCCAACACAAGUAGCCCUGGAUUGAAUAAUUGCUUUGUCAUUCACUUUAUGACAUAAAGUGUCAAACGAAAAAUUUUCUUUCUCCUUCAUAAACUUGUGCAAAUUGGUCAUUCCAAAAGCGUUAAGAAUGGAUCGCAAAAAAGAAAAUGGAAACUCUCGACGUGAAAUUUUAAAUUUAUCGUUAGACGAUUAUUAUAAGCUUCAUGUGGCACCUCGACUAGCGUCAACACCGGGGUGUGGGCCAUAUAUGAGACAGCGGCGCCACAACCACCGAUCCCAAUUCUAUGGGAACCAAUAUUUGGAACAGCGCCCGUUCCGCUACCCGGGCCAUCCGAAUCCGCUGGCGGACCCCACCAAUGUAGACGAGCAAUUGAGGAGAUUGCGUAACGCGCUAAGCACCUCUGAUUCAACACCGUCAUUGAACAAAGAUGAUACUUUAGCAGCAGGAGGCAGCGGCGGGUCAAAGACUAGUACGGCAGUAUCGGUGAUCGACCUUACCGGCUGGAACGGCGAUAUGGAAGGAAACGGUUUCCGCUACCCUGGACAUCCCAAUCCGCCGGCGUCCAAGCAGCCCGCCAAUGCUUACGGGGAAUUGAAGGGAUUGGGGACCGUGCGAAGCGCGUUUGAAGUGAAUGGAGCAUCGGGCUCGACGUCCACCGCGGAGACCACCUCUGCUGUUACUUUAGCAACAGGAGACAGUGGCGGGUCAAAGACUGGUACGGCAGUAUCGGUGGUCGACCUUACCGGAUGGAACGGCGAUAUGGAAGGAAGCGGUUCCCGCGAUACAGGACGUCCGAAUUCGCCGUCGUCCAUGCAGCUUGCCAAAGCAUACGAUUUAUUGAAGAUAUUGCGUAACGCGCUACGCACCUCUGAUUUAUGACUGGAGUCAUUAAACAAAGAUGAUACUUUAGCAGAAGGAGACAGCGGCGGGUCAAAAACUGGUACGGCGGUUUUAUUUUAGAU